GUUGUCAUUAUCAGGACACAGACUUAGUAGUUGAGUUUUGCUGAGCUUAAAAAUGGUGGUGUGCAACUUUUUUUUGCAAGGAAGGUGUCGGUUUGGGGAAAAGUGUUGGAAUGAACAUCCGCGAGGAGGAGGAGGAUUCGGCGGCGGAGGCGGAGGGGGAUAUCAACGUUCGAAUCGUGGAGGCGGAGGGUUUGGCAACAAAGUGUGGGUUAAUCCUUCACAUAAGUCUCAUUCCUAUAAUGAGUCUCCUACGUUCUCUAGGCAGACUGGCUGGGGAAGAGAUGAUGAGAAUGAUGGACGUGGUGCCCGUGAAAGAAAUCAGAGGAGGCAUGGAGGAGGAGGAGGAGGAGGAGAAGGUUUUGAUAGUUUUUCUGGAUUUUCUGACACUGGAUCAUCCAGAUUCAAUUUCACCAACCAAAACAAAUUCUCACAUUUGAACUCCCAACAAGAAUGUAAUGUUGAUGAUCAGGAAGAUGAAACCGAGACACUUCUGAGGAUGAUUCAAAAGGACAUGGAGAGCUGGGAGCAGUCAGGGCAGUGGCUUUUCUCUUGUUACUCAGUUGCUAAAGAUUCACCUUGUCUAACAGGACUCCAAGAUAUUUCACCAGAAGAGCUUCGUUUUGAAUACUGUACUGCACUGGCAUCGGGGAACUUGCAGGCUUAUGCCAGUUCUGUGCAACAGUUAUUAAGUCAACAAAAAAAUAGAAUAUUUGAGAUAAAGGCUCAAAAUUCAGCAACUAGAGCACCCCUGAUUGCAGAACUUAAGCAUGGUCAGCAGGGUUCAUCAUCAGGAUUUGAUGCAUUUCCAAAACCACUUGUAUCUGGAGGAUUUGGAUCCACAUUAUUCAGUUCAACAGAAAACACUACUAGUAACAACUUUAAUUUUAAAUCUGACAACAUACCUCAAAACCCAGGAUUCUCUAAACCAUUGUUUGGCAGUUCUACAGGAUUUCCAUCUCAGCCAUCAUUUGGUUCUGCUACUUCACAUGAAUUUGGAAACACUUCAUCUUCUCCUUCUAUUGCAUCUUUUUCUUUUGCUCUUCCUGCAGAAGAGAAGUCAAAGCCUGUGAGUUUUGGCAGCGUACAGCCAUCUGGGUUUGGUUCCUCUUCUGUAAACUUUAAAAGCAGUUCUGUGUUUUCAGCCCUUCCAUCGGCCACCUCUGGAUUUGGUGCAGCUGCAGCCUUAGCAGAAGCUUCUUCUGCUGGAAUGUCUGGAACAUCUUCAAAUGUGUUUGGCAGCAAGAUUAGCACCACUCCUUCAACAGUUGCUCUUAGUACCACUACUCCUUUGAACCAGUUAUUUACACCACAAAGUGAGCUGACAGAGGACGAAUUAAAAGAAUUCCAAGCUAAGCGAUUCACUUUGGGGAAAAUCCCUUUAAAACCGCCGCCAAAGGAGCUGCUGAUUGUUUAGUAUGUGUGUGUCACUUUUAUGUUUGGAAUAAAUUAGUCUUUACUGAUUUUGUAUUUUUACACUUAUGUUGCCUUGAAAACAUUUCAGAUUUCAAAAAUCAAGAUAUAUAAAAUAGCCAAGUAAUACAUUUUUAUCAUGAAAUCCUGAAUGUAUAAAAAGGAAGAAAUUUUUAAUAUACAAUUUAAAUUGAACUUCUAACUGGUACCUAACAUUAUUUUCUAAGUUUAUUAAAGUGUCCCAUAUUUUAUGCAGAAAUGUAAUGCAUCUGUACAUUCUUACAUUUGUUUGUUUGUACCACAUGCACAAAUUUAUUUCUUGCUGUUGGUUUAAAUUCCUUCAUCUGUCUGCAUGUAAAAGGGCCGUCUAUGGCCAAUGCCAACAUGGCAGCAAUCUCGGCUGUGUAAAUUCAUUGUUUGCCCUCGUAAUGGACUUUUUACAAUCACGAGAAGGUCAUCCAAGUUUUACUAAAUGAUAAUAAGUAGACUAUUUUGUAAUAUUCUGUCAAAGAUUUCAGGUUUUAAUUUUUCUAAUUUAUUUUUUAUUAUUCUUUAUUAGCUGAAUGACCUUUUUAUUGCUUUUGGCAAAUUUCCACCUUUUUUUGUACUAUGUCUUGAAUUUAAAUAGCCAGUUAUAAUUAAUUUAAAUAUUCAGUUUACAAUAUUUCAUUUAUACUUGUCAUUCUUGUGAUGUAUAAUAACAGUUUAUUUCAUUUUCAUUAUCCUACGUUACCAAAAGGAAUGUGGCCAUGAAUAUCAAUUGACAGUUAAAAA